UCAGCAGUCAUUCCCGCUCUCUGUGAAUCCCGUCGUCUUUUUAUCCGCGCUUUCAUCAGAAGCUUGAAUAGUCCUCAAAUCUCCACCCUUUCAUCAGAAGCCCUGAAAGUUCAUAGCAACCAUUCAAGCUAUCAAGCGCGAUGAUGAUCAAAGUCAUUCCUUUUUCACUGAACUAAGUCAAGCUCUUCGAUUUUUUCGAUAUCCUAUUUUCCCCCUAAAUCUCUGUCUUCAAUGUUACAUAUUUCUCUUUCUAGAAAUCUUAAUCAAUGAUGUCUUGUAAGCGUUUUGUAUCUUUUCGUUUUCUCAGCGAGAAACCUUGAAUUUGCGGGUUUUCUACUCAAUAUUUUUUCUCUUUAGAUUUUAGUUACUUUACUUUUUAAUUCUCUUCGGAUUUCUUUUCUUAGGGUUACAAACCCUAAGUUGGUUGUUGAAAAACCCUAAGUUGCUAGUUGAAAAACCAACUAGAACAAAAUCUAGCUAGAUAAAUGGUUCAUGCAAUGAUGAAGGGUUUGAUAUUGUUGUUAUCAAAUUUUAUUUCUUUAAUCCGAAAAUAAUUGAAUCCAUGGGAGACAUUCUGUAACAGUCCAUCAAAUGAUGAAGAAGAAUUUGACUUCAUUAGUAGUUGGUCAAAAUCAAAUCCAUGUUUAACAACCUUUUUAGCUGUGUUUAAGAUUUUUCCAUUUUUAAAAAGUGAUAUUUGUUUUACUUGAGAGUGAAAAAGGUGUGUGAGAAAGAUAAAAAUAUAGAAGUGCUUACUGCUUAGGGUAUGGGUUUUGGGUGAGAGGAUCGAGGAGGAGGAUAGCAGCAUACUGGGCUUCCAACGAAGCCAAAGCAGGUGACGUGUCAAGCAGCAAUAGGACCGCUUCAUAGAGGAGAGAGUGGCACGCUUCACAAGGAGGAGGCCACGUGUAAGUGAAUGCGACGCGUGAGCACCAGCUCGCGGCCAAUGAGCGUCCAUCUCAUCAAUGGGCGAAGGCUAGGGGGGUGACACGUAGACCUGCAUGCAAACAUAUAUAACCGAUGUGGGGACAGUUUGGUAAAACGGGGUAAAAACAAAAACGACUAAAUGGAAGGGUGAUAGGUGGAUGGACGCAUGGAGGCGGAGCCCACACGCGUUGCAAAUUAGAGAUGGAACUGGAAGGCCGGCUGGGGUGAUUGGUGUGAGGGGGAGGGGCAGAGGGGGCUUCAGUUGUCAGGGGCAGCCCCUUUUUAUAUGAUACAGUGCUGUAAUUGUGGUGUGGGUAGAACCGUAGAAGUGACUCUCCAGUGAUAUGUGUUGAGAUGCAUGGAAGGGAUGAUGGACCCACUUUCUGCAUUCACCUCCCACAUGUCCAUAUCGCUUACCUUCACUAACACGUACACACCGUACGCCUCCAAGUGUCGCCACCUCCUGCCUCCCCUGUUUCUGUUGCCCAAAUCUCAUUGGCUGCCCUCCACACCUAAAACCCCACCAUCCGCUCCUUCAAAUUAACCCACUCUCAUACCCCCAGUCACGAGCCCACUCCCAUUCCUUUUAUCUCUCCCUCUCUCCCUCAUUGUCACUUCACCAUUUUCCCAGGGCUUUCUUGGGCGUCCAAUAUGAUUCGCACUCUGAAUCCCUACAAUUCCACCGCCAAGACGGCUGAGAUCAUGUCUAGGUACAGGCCCAUAGCUCCAAAGCCGGAGCCUCCCGUGAAUCCUAUGUUUGAGAGGCCGUCAAUGUCUCAGAAGAUGCGGGAGUCUCCUUAUCUGAGAAACCUGUGGCCCCAGUUGCAGGCGAGGCCCACCAGGAGCAGAAAAAGGGGCAGGCCGGGUUUCUCACCGGCCGCACUCAAGAGGCCCAGGACGCAUCUCGUGGGGUUUUCCACUCCCUCGCAUGUCACAUCCCCAGCUAAAAACCUAUCCAUGCACGGCUUUACUCAUUCCCCGCUUCAGCUUCCUGUUCCAAACAUGGCCCCAAGCUUCGCCCCGCUUAAUGGAGGGUUUGGAAGAGCGAUUUCAACCACCGCUGAUGGUUUAAUGACACUUCCCCUCCUCCCAUGUCCUCCACCCCAACUUCCAGUAGUGCCCAAUGAUUUCAAUUGCCUCAACCCUUGUGGUGGAAACGUGGUCUUUGAUUUGAACACUAGCGUGGUUGCAGCUCGAAUUCCUGAGGAGAAGGAUCUUUUGCAACAGCUUCAACGAGCCCCCGCCAACACCACCAAUGUUAUUUCCCCUCAACCGGUUAGGCCAAUCGGCUCCAGCAUAAGCGUCCGAUGCAUGCGCAAUGACUUGAGCCCUAUUCCAGAGGUGCAAAUUCUGAAGAAACCAGAGGAGGUGGAGGAAGAGAUGGAGUCGGAGACCCUGCCAGCAGUCAUAUCCGAUUCCAACAACAAAAUCAGGAUGGCCAAUUCUGCCUACAAGGAGAUGGUGGGUCAGCCAGAAUGUCCAUGGCUCAAUUCGAUGGUGACCUGUGGAGCAAGUGUAGGCAACAGGAUCAGUGGGGAGGUGAUGCUUCAUCUUUCUGAUUCCAAGGUGCCUGUUUCUUCCAAUGGGUUUUCAUGCUGGGCGAGCAUAGAGUGGGGAAGCGCUGGAAACAAGAGCUCUGUCAAUGCCUUCUGCGAUGCAACCAGAUUGGCCUGCGAAUCCAAGGACUAUCUCUUCACAUGGAGGUUCCACACCAACACAGAGGCUUCUAAGCCCAACGUUUGAAGUACAAUCACAGUUUUGUAUUGUAAAAUACAAGUAGAUUACUUCAAACAAAUAGUAGUACUGUCAAGUGUGUAGUAGUACUGUAUAUGGGAGUAAACUAGUCGUUCAGUUUAGUUUAAUACUACUUGUUAUAUGCCACAAUAUGUAAGAACUGAAGGUAUAGUUUUGUCUACUUUUGUUGAUGCCCUAUUAACUAUAAUAUAUGAAGGACGUUUUUGUUUUCUGGUUCA